CCCAGUCGGGGCCAGAAAGCCGCAAAGCCGCGCCGGGGACCCGAAGGGACGGCCAGUCGCGAACAGGCCGGCCGUCUUGACGGGCUUCGCGUCGCUUCGCUCGCCGCCAGCGCGUUUCCUGUUCCUCAUUUGUCGCUUCUGCAAGUCUUCUCGCACAGUCUGGCACUUGCCACCGGGCGGCGGACGACGCACCACGCGAACAGCAUGCCAGGACUCAAGGUCGGCCACCCCCACAACGCCGAGUGCCGCGCCGUGCGCGAUGCGGUGUUCGCGGCGCGGCGCCAGGCGGCGGCGGCGGGCUGGCCCGAGGUGCCGGGCCACACCAGGGUGCCGGACUUCUUCGUCGGCCGCACGCUGCUGCUGACGGGCGCCACGGGCUUCCUGGGCCGCCUGGUCCUGGAGCAGGUGCUGCGGACGUGCCCCGACGUCGAGAAGGUGUACGUCGUGAUGCGGCCCAAGCGCGGCCUCGCCGUGCAGGAGAGGCUGCGCGUCGCCAUCUCGGACCCCCUGUUCGACCGGCUGCGCAAGGAGAAGCCCGGCGUCCUGGAGCGCAAGGUGCACGCCCUGGCCGGCGAGAUCGCCGAGCCCCGCCUCGGGCUGAGCGAGGAGGACGCCGCCCUGGUGUGCCGCGAGGUGUCCGUCUUCUUCAACGUGGCAGCCUCGGUGCGCUUCACGGAGCCCAUCAAGAAGGCCGUGCUCACCAACGUGGCCAGCGCCAAGGAGGCCGUGGAGCUCGCCAAGGCCAUGCCCAACCUCAAGGUCAUGAUACACGUGUCCACGGCGUACACCAACACCAACCAGCCCUUCCUCGAGGAGUGCGUGUACCCCACACAUCUGGACUGGAGGACGGUGCUCAAGGCUGUCAACGAGAUCCCCGACCCGGACACCCUCACCUUACUGGGGCCAAAGCUUCUGGGUUUCCAGCCAAACAGCUACACAUUCAGCAAGGCGCUGGCCGAACAGGUCGUGAACGAGGCGCGCUCCGAGAUCCCCGUCGUCAUCGUCAGACCGUCCAUCGUGCUGGGCACCGACCAGGACCCCUUCCCCGGCUGGAUCGACAACCUGUACGGCUUCUCGGCCUUCUGGGUGCUGGGCGGCAAGGGCAUCGUGGUGGCGUUCGACGUGGACGGCGCGGUCACCACCAACCUCAUCCCCGGGGACUGCGUGGCCAAGACCGUCAUCCUGGCCGCCUGGGCCAAGGGCAUCGGCAUCAACCUCAGUUCGAGAAAAGACUACGACGGCGUGGAGGUGGUGCACUCCGUAACCCUGGACCACAUGGGAGUCCGGCUGGAGGAGAUGGUGUUCUUCACCAAGGAGCUGAUGAACGGACUCACGGCGUUCCCGGGCGCGGUGCGCUCCCCGAGGGCCACCCUCACGCGGUCCAAGGCCGUGUAUGCCGUGCUGCACGUGUGGAACCACCUCAUAUUCGGCUGCGCGCUCGACCUGCUGGCGAGACUCACGGGGCAGAAACCCAGGAUGUUGGACAUUUACCGAAAAUGUGUGGUAGGAUUCGACUCCGUUAAAUACUUCACGCAGACCACCUUCCGCUUCAGUGCGGUCAACCAGUGGCGACUGCAAAGCCUGUUACUGCCAGAAGACACCAAAGACUACUGUUACCUCGAUUUCCUCACCAGAAAAGAUUCUGCUGAACAAUACAAAGAAUGGGCAGCAAAUACCAUCGGUGGAAUUGUCAAAUAUUGCCUACACGAAGAAUAUGAUCCUGCUAAGAGUAGUGAACACAUGUCAAGACUUUGGUGGAUUGAAACUGCGGUCCAGGCAACCCUAAUAUUAAUAAUAGUUGUGCGUUUAUGGACGUAUUUGUUUUAGAACACAGAAUGAUGUGAAGUCUGAGAGAUGGGAUAAGUAAGAAACAACACAUUUAUCUGAUAAUAAAGUUACUUUUGCUUUAUUUACAAUCUACAAAACUAACUGAUCAACACGCGCACACACACAUACACACACAAACACACCUACACACACACACACACACACACACUCACAGACCAUUCAUUCUUACAGGCAUGUUACUCAAUGACUUAUUCAAUAUUAUUUAUUUACAUUUGUUAAAAACACACACAUUCAAGCAAUCAACAAAUUGAGCAUUUGACUUAUAAUCCCCACAAGGAGAAUACACACACAGGCACACACAUAACAAAAUUUAUUUUAACAUAUUUAUAUUGAGACAAAAUUGUAACAUCCUACAAAGCAGCCCAUUGCAAUAUCACAUGUUUAUCAAGAAUGCAAAUCAUUGGUUCUAAUAAAAGUCCAUUGUAAUAGCU